AUGUCAGGGCUGUUUUCUGCCAACAAUCUGAUAAAGAACAGGAAGGCCAAGAGAUUAGCAGACACUGUCUAUAGGAAGCGAGCGCUUGGAACAAAAUACAAGCACAGUGUGCUUGGAAGGGCUCCUCAGGCAAAGGCAAUUGUCCUGGAGAAGAUCGGGGUGGAGGCUAAGCAACCGAACUCUGCUAUAAGAAAAGCUGUUAGAUGCCAGCUGAUUGCGACUGGAAAGAGGAUAACUGCAUUUGUUCCUUACGAUGGGUCUGUUACAUACAUUGAGAGCAAUGAUGAGGUGACUGUGGAGGGAUUUGGUAAGAAAGGAAGAAGCUUUGGAGAUAUUCCUGGAAUUAGAUUCAAGGUAUGUAAGGUACAGAAUGUGUCUUUGCAUGCUAUAUUUACAGGGAAGAAGGAAAAGCCCUCAAGGUAA